AUGAUUAUGCAACAGUUAUGGUUGCAACAAAUAAACUGGGAUGACGUUUUACCUAUUCCAUUACAACAAGAUUGGUCAAAAAUGCGUGUGGAAAUGGAGCAAAUUAAUAAUAUUAAAAUCAAUCGUCUUGUUCUCGGCAUCGAAAAAAUUAAAAAACUAGAAUUACACGCGUUCGCUGACGCAAGUAUGCAAGCCUAUGGUGCUUGUAUGUACACACGCGCUACAGACAUUUAUGGUAAAGUAUUAAUAAAUUUAUUGUGUGCCAAAUCAAGAGUCGCGCCUUUAAAGGUAGUUUCGUUACCUCGGCUCGAACUGUUAGCUGCGCUUUUGGCCGCUCGCUUUAUGUCAAAAUAUGCACCAAAAUUACAGUUACCUAUAAAUGAAUAUUUUUAUUGGACAGAUUCGAGACUGAUAUUAAAUUGGUUAUUAUCUCCAUCGUCUCGUUGGAAAACUUUUGUAGGAAACAGAGUAAGUGAAAUACAAGAGUUAACGUCUGUUUCACAAUGGAGGCAUGUUGCGUCCAGCGACAAUCCAGCGGACAUAGUGUCAAGAGGCUGUUUUCCAUCACAAAUGAAAGGUUUAGAUUUAUGGUGGAACGGACCUAUUUGGUUGAAAGGGGAACAUACUCAAUGGCCAAGUAACUUUCAAGAACUUACUUCUAAAAGUGAAUAUUUUAAACUUUUACGUGUUUUGGCUUAUUGUCUUCGUGUGAAGUCUAAUUUUUUAUCGAGUGACACUAAUAUUUAUGGUCCUGUUGAAGCUACAGAAAUUGAAAAUGCCCUUAAACGAUUAGUGAAGGAAGCGCAACAAGAAGAAUUUUUUACUGAGUUGUGUGACUUAAAAAACUCAAAAUUAGUGUCCAGUAAAAGUAAACUUUUUCGUCUUAAACCAUUUCUAGACAACGAUGGUAUAAUCAGGGUAGGCGGUAGAUUAAAACAUGCCGUCUCACUAUCAUUUUUUCAAAAACAUCCGAUAGUGUUACCCGCUGAUAGUGCUUUUACAAAAUUAUUAUUUCUGGAUGAACACGAAAAAUCAUUACACGCCGGUCCACAAGCGAUGUUAGCUAAUAUACGUUUGAGAUAUUGGCCGAUUAAUGGACGUAAUAUAGCCAGAAUUAUAUCUAGAAAAUGUGUCAAAUGUUUCAAAUACAAACCGGUUGUAUUUGAGCCCAUCAUGGGUGACUUACCUAACGACCGAGUCGAACCAGCGCGAGCCUUUGUUAAAUGUGGCGUAGAUUUUGCUGGUCCAGUAUUUGUGCGGUCUAAAUUAGUAGGCGAUUUGACAGCGGAGUCUUUCCUUAAUGCGUUACGGAUAUUCUGUGAUAGACGUGGUUAUUGUACGGACGUGUAUUCAGAUAACGGAAAAAACUUUGUUGCGGUUAAUCGACAACUUCGAGAAGUGCAUGAACUUUUAGCUAAACCAGAAGUUAAAAAUGAAUUGAGUAAUAAAGGAAUUCAAUGUUCUAGUAAGUGUGAUAAGACCGAAGAAUUAAUUGAAAAACCUAAUCUUCCCCAACUUAGAGGUAAAAAAAAUAUUUUAACCGACAAACUUGCUGCUGCAUUUGAUAGGUGUCAAUGCACCAUUCAUUGGGAUGGAAUACUUUUUCCUUCAUUAUCAGAACAUCAGCUAGUUGAAAGAUUACCAAUAUUUAUGUCAAAUAAUAAUAUAGAACAAUUACUCGAUGUGCCUAAAAUUUCUUCUGGUUCGGGACAAAGUCAAGCAGUAGCUAUCUACGCAGUACUUGAUAAAUGGGGUAUAACUGACAAAGUUAAAUCAUUAUGCUGUGACACUACUGCUUCUAAUACAGUGACGACCGAAACUAAAGGGAUAUCCUCUAUGGAAAACAUAGAAUGCACUCUCAAGGAACGGUCAACAUCUGAGAAUGAUGAUGAUGAAUAA